AUGUUGGAGCUUUGGUCUGAGGCACUGGGUCUACCGCCUGGGUUUUCCUUCCGCGGUCUGAUGUCCACAGAAUCACAGCUGUUGGUUUGGAAAGGCGAGGGGCUCCCUGCAGAUGACCUGAGCCAGGAGAACGCUCUGGUACUGGCGAACAGCCUUGGGCGGGUGCCCUUCAUCAUCGACCCUGCGAACGCCUGCACCGCCUGGUUGCAGUCUUUUCUAGCAAAGGACGCGAGCCGGCCUCUGGAAGUAGUCUCCGCGGCCGACGCACGUUUUACCUCGAGGGUGGAGCUGUCGGUGAGGUUCGGGAAGACAUUGCUUGUGCUGGAGUGUGACGGGGUGGAGCCCAUGCUGUACCCGUUGAUACGACAGGAUCUCGUGCACCAAGGGCCUCGCUAUGUCGUGCAGGUCGGGGAUAAGGUGAGGAAGCCGGUGACAAGCGACUGA